AUGGCAAGAUUGCUGGGAGCCCAACGUGCUCUUGCCAAUAAUCCUAAUAGCUUCCUGAUCAAUCUCCAAGAGCAAUUAUCUGAAGAAUACAAUGAGAUUUUACAACUUGAAGAGGAUCUGUGGGUUAUGAAAUCUAGAGUUCAUAAUGUGGAGCAAGUUCAAGAAGUUUUUGCCAAAAGCUUUAUUAAGCUAUACCAGACAGACCAAACUGCCUGCCCUUGGGUUCAAAGAUGGGAUUCAGAGUGGUGCAUGAGGCUAGAGGUUGAAGAAGCUAAUGCCGUGGGACUGAUGCCUUCGAAUAAAGAAAUUUUGGAUGCCCUCAGAUCCAUGAAGCCAUACAAGGCUCCCGGAAGUGAUGGGAUGCAUGCUGGUUUCUACCAAAGAAUUAGACCCCUAUUGCCUAGACUCAUUUCUCCUAUGCAAGCUGCUUUUCUGGAAGGGAGGAGAGGAACAGAUAAUGUCAUUAUUGCUCAAGAACUUAUUUACUCCCUUGGAAAAAGAAGAGGUAAAGAAGGGUAUAUGGUGGUGAAGAUAGAUUUGGAGAAAGCCUAUGAUCGCUUAGAAUGGAGUUUUAUUAGGAUGGUGCUUAUACAUUUUGGUUUUCCUGAAAACAUCAUUAAGCUCAUCUUAAGCUGUGUGUCUACAUCAUCUACAUCCCUUCUCUUCAAUGGAAGCAAACUUCAAACCUUCUGUCCCUCAAGAGGAAUCAGGCAAGGAGAUCCCAUCUCCCUCUAUCUAUUCCUUUUAUGCAUGGAGUUUCUUGGGGUUCAAAUAACCAAGAUGUGUGAGGAUAAUAAGUGGGAUAUGGUCAAAGCAUCCAGGAAUGGGCCUAGCUCCUCCCAUGUUUUCUUUGUUGAUGAUAUUCUGCUCUUUGCCAAAGCUAAUACCAAGAAUUGCAAUGCCAUUAUGGAAGUUCUUAACAACUUUUGUAACCUGGUUGGGCAGAAGGUAAAUUAUGGUAAAUCUAUAAUAUUCUUUUCUCCAAAUGUAACUGCUAGGAGGCGGAGGACUAUGUGUAGGAAACUGGGGAUCAUUGCUACCAACAACCUUGGUAGAUAUUUGGGCUUUCCCAUCAUCCACAAAGGCAGAGUUGGUAAUGCUUUCAACUUUAUUCUGGACAAGGUCCAAAGCAAGCUAGCUGGUUGGAAAUCUAGAUUGCUAUCAAAAGUUGGUAGACUUGUGCUUGCCAAGACUGCUGUCGCACCCAUUGCAGAGUAUUACAUGCAGUGCCAUAGCCUUCCAGCUAAAGUGUGUGAUUCCAUUGAUAAAGUGAUGAGGGAUUUCAUUUGGGGGUCAAUUGAGGAAAGGAGGAGAAUGCAUAUGGUGAGGUGGAGUACUGUUACGCUGCCCAAAGAGUGGGGAGGUUUGGGGCUUUAUUCAAUGAAGCAUAGAAAUGAAGCCAUUUUAGCCAAACUUUGUUGGAGGCCUGCCCAUGAGGAAAGGAAGCCAUGGGCAAAUAUGCUAUCAACAAAAUACCUUUGUUCCAACAGAGUAACUGAAGAAGGUAGGAAUUUGCCUUGCUCUCGGGUUUGGGCUGCUUGCAAAAAGGGAGGGCCAAUUUAUGUGAAAGGCUUAAGAUGGACCGUUAGAAAUGGGGAAUCUGUGAGUUUGUGGAGGGAUUUCUGGCUGCCUUGUGGAAGAUUAAGGGAGCUAAUUGAAGGUCCCCUAACCCGAGGAGAAGAAGAGUUGACUGUUAGACAAUGUUUUGAUGAUAACCAUGUUUGGAAGCCUUCAAGCAUCUCCUUUGAGCUCCCAGCAAGUGUGCUCAACACCAUUAAGGCCACACCCUUCUCUUUUGUGCAUCAAGAAAGUGAUAGUCUCAUAUGGGCCUAUUCCAAUAAUGGUUUUUUCUCAAUUCAAGCUGCCUAUCUUAUUGCAAGGGGAUUAAACCCCUUGAACCCAGAUACUUUGUCAUUUAAAUGGAACACUUAUUCAGAAGCUGUGAGGUUGCUAACCAAUUCUGGACGCAGCUGCAAGUCCCCUAUUGCACCAGAAAUUCAUUCACUUUUCCCUUUAAAGCUUGGCUGGAAGUCAACUGUAAUGAUGGGCAGUGCUGAAUUUUUCUCUAUUGGGCUUGCAUCUAAGUCCAAACAACUAAAAUCCAUUGUUCCUGUGGGUUGGGAGAAGCCACCGAGGGGUUGGUUGAAACUCAAUACUGAUGGUUCAGCUAUGAGGAAUCCAGAAAGAGCAGGUGGAGGGGGGUUAAUUAGAGAUCAUGAUGGGGCUUGGCUGAAAGGUUUUGCAAGAGGUCUUGGAUUCACUAAUAGUGCCUUGGCUGAGCUUGGGCACUUAGAGAUGGGCUGCUGCUAG